AUAACAUUUUUUAAGAAAUCUAAUUGUAAAGGAGAGUACACACCGUCGACCGUGGCAUUUGAAGACGUGCCGCUUGGGUCCGGCGGUGCCGCCGUCCCAAAGUUAUCACGUUCAACGUCCCGACAGUGCGUUGCGUGCGAAUACAAAGCCAAACUGUUCCCGGAGGUACCGGAACCGGCGUCCGCCCCGCCGGUUUUGAUACCCACUCCGGUACCGGAACUGGUGCCGGAACCGUUGUAUAGGGCUCCGGAACGAAUAUCGCCGUCAAACAUGCCCACAACAAAACCGGAAGGUGGAAUACAGGAAGCGCUAGAGGAUAGGGAUCCUAACAAUCUUAAUCAACACGUGCAGAUAGUAUGGGACGAUAUAAUCGGGGAGCCGGAGGGCGCUCGUAGUCCGGAGUGCGCGUGGCGGCUGAGCACGCUGUGCUUCGGGUACGCGCGCAACUGGUGCUACACCUGCCUCGCGGUCCUACUCGCGCCGCCCUGCGCCCUGCUGCUGGGCUGCGGCUUCGCCUGCCUCGCCUUUGAGCAAAUUUGGUGUACGGCGCCAUGUCUACGCUGCGUAAAGAUCUACUUCGCUUCGCUGCGUACCAUGGUCGCGUCCUGCAUGGCCGCCACUCUGGUGCCGACAGCUGAAGCCGUCGGCCAUAUUUGUCGCCAUAUCCGAAUCAACUUCCGCAAAGACGCGCCCGAAGAAAAAGACCUCUUAGUUAUUUAAUGUGAAAGACUUUAGAAUAAGAUUUUGUGUUAAAUCCGUGUGUCACUAAGAACUAUUGAUCGUUUAAGUGACUUUUAAAUUUUUUAAUAAUAAAUAAAUUAUAUUAAUGAAAUAAAAUAUUAAGCGAGUCCUUUAUGUAUACCAUAAGUGCCUUUAAUAGUUAACGUACUUGUAAAAUAAAUGUUUCGCAAAUCAAAAGAUAUUAUGUAGGCACUGAUAAAGUAUCGAUAAAUAAAAUAUCAAAA